AUGCCUUCUUCGCCUCCUCCGGUCCAAGUUGUGUUGGAUAAUAAUGACAUCAUUAACCUCACUCAGAAAUUCAUGAAGAUGAAACCGCCGACCUUCUUGGGUGGUAUUGAACCAUUGAAAGCGGAGACUUGGUUACUAGAAAUAGAGAAGUUAUAUGAAGUAUUUCCUUAUACUAAGACUCAGAAGGUUUUAUUGGCCACUUACACUUUUAAAGAUGAAGCUCGGAGAUGGUGGUUAUUAAUCCGAAGUAGUAAUGAGAAUAUGACCUCGGCUCAAUUCAAUGAGAUCUUCUAUAACAAGUAUUUUCCUCAGUACUUUUGGGAUCAGAAAGUUUCUGAAUUCCAAGAAUUGAAGCAAGGCAGAAUGUCUGUAGCCAAGUAUGAGGCUAAGUUUACUGAGUUGGCCAGAUUUGCUUCUCAUAUGGUCGAUACAGAUUAUAAGAAGGCCCGAAAAUUUGAAGAGGGCUUAGACCUGGAUGUGUAUGAUCGACUGGGCGUAUUGAAAUUGCCUACUUAUUUGGAAGUGCUUGAUAGGGCAUUUAUGGUAGAGGCCAUACUAGCAACAAAGAAACAAGCUACAACUCCAACACUAAAUGGAGAGGUAAAAGGCCGGAUUCAGUUUCAAGAAGGGCCGAUCAUUUUCGAAGAAGCAAAAUAUUGGAUCGUCAAGUAG